GCGGAACCUCAGUUGUAAACAAAAACGGACAAUCAGUAUCCUCCUCUUCUGAGCCAAAAAAAUAAAAAAAACCAAACAUACAUUUGUCUUGCCGAACGCAACUUGUUAAAGGUUCCAGAUGUGUGGCAGUGGUUGAUGCAUGUGCCAGCUCAUUACUAUAAGGAGACAUACUUGGGUGUUGUUGGCCCGCAGAAACAGCCGUUGCCAAAAUGUCAAGGAAACAGACUCCGAAACCUGUACGGAGCAACAAGAAGAGUGAACUGGAACGCAAGAGGGAUGAGCGGGCAGCACGCCGGGCCAUCGUAAAGGACCGCAAGAACCGGCCUCAAGAUUGCGAGGAAGGAGCAGAGUUUGUCAGUUUCUCCAAUCAGCUCCAGGCGCUGGGGCUCAAACUGAGAGAAGUGCCUGGAGAUGGGAACUGCCUGUUCAGAGCUCUAGGCGACCAGUUAGAGGGUCACUCCCGGGGUCACCUGCGGCUUCGGCAGGAGACUGUUCAGUAUAUGAUGUCCCAUCGACAAGACUUUGAACCCUUUGUGGAGGAUGACGUGCCCUUCGCACAGCACUUGUCCAACCUCUCUCAGCCUGGUACGUUUGCUGGCAAUGACGCUAUUGUGGCUUUUGCUCGCAGUCAGCAGGUCAAAGUGGUCAUUCAUCAGCUCAACACGCCACUGUGGGAGAUAAAUGGUGCAGAGAAGCAGGUGUGCAGAGAGCUACACAUUGCCUACCGCUAUGGAGAUCAUUAUGAUAGUGUGAGGCGGACUGGAGAUAACUCUGAGAGUCCUGCUCAGCUCCGUAUUGAGAAUCUGCAGAAUUCACGAGGACAGCAGCGUGAGUUCGGGGACGGUCAGCGGGACAGACAGAAAAACCCAUCCCCCACAGCCUCAGAGGAGGACAACGUGAUCCUGAGCUCCAUCAAGAAUCGAGGAAUCCAGGGUGAUGAGGAGAACCUGCUCCAACUGAGUGCGGCAACCAUCAAUGCUGAAUGGCUUGUAGGCUCCAUGCUGGGCCAGUCCUGCCAGGGCCAGUGUGCUUCAGGUUCCUGCUCAGCCUGCAAAGCUGUGGCCACUGACUGCAGAGAGCAAAAACAGCCAGCAGAGGGCAGCAAUGUACAAAAACCAAAGGUAUCUAACAAACAGAGGAAAGAGCAGCAGCGGCAAGAGAAGAAGAAACGUCAGGAAGAGAGGCAUCGGCAGAAGUUUCUCCAGAGUAAAGGAAGUCAGGACCAGAACCAGAACCUGCCAGAGGCUGUCACUUUAGUACCAGCUCUCAACACUCUCAGUAUAUAGACUGGAGCAUGGCUAAAAUAACCUACUGCUACUCUAGCUACCGGUGGCUAACGCUAUCCACAACGUUUUGCACAUAGUCAGAUUUGAUUCAGUCACAGUGGAUGACAUUUCCUAAAGAGAACCCUAUAGUUACUUUGCAAAUGGUUCAACGGUGCCUGCAAACCUCUCUGAGAGGUGUGUGAAAGUUAUAAAAGACCAGAGGGUGAAAGAGCAUGACUUUCAGUGUUAUUGCUGGGUUUUGAUUCAGUUCAAUCCCUGGUUGGUGUUGGUGUAUGUAGAACUCCUUCGAUCAGGUCUACCUACUACGCUACCUAGCCCCUUUCUAUGCUGGACAUCUGGCUUUUCAUGACAACCAAUGUAGAUAAUCUUGUGCAGCUGGGCUUUUUGAUUUGCUACAGAUUUACUUAAGUUUGAGUUCAGACGUUCUGAUCAUUGUUUGUUUGAUCUGACCUAAGCAGGAAGUGAAAGGAAGAGCGGCAGAUGAGUGAUUGUUAUGCACAAUGUGUAAGGAAUGUGGCAAUAAAUAAUAAUAAAUGAUAAUUUUCUGUUUUUGUGUGCACCACCAGAUAAUAUAUUAUGUAUUAUCCAGGGUGACGUGUUUUUGUGACUCAUGUUUUUCAAACAAGAGAAACAUUAGUCUAAGUAAAUUCCUGACAUCUUCAUCAUUGUGACGUGUUUACA